GCCUGAUUACUAAUUGUUAGCUCGCAAUUGAAUAAUGAAGUCCACACUGGUGCUUUCCUUACUGGUGGUAGCCGUUUCGGCAUCAACUCUACCGGAACAAGAUCGCCGCGUCAUCGGAGGUUCGCUAGCCGAAACAGGACAAUUUCCGUACGCGGUAGGACUGAUCACCAGGAUAAACAUUUUACUGACAGGACAAUGCUCGGGAGUUUUACUUUCAAGGACUGCAAUUCUCACAUCAGCUAGCUGUGUUUCUGGCGUUCAAAGCGCGGAAGUAGUAAUGGGUGGCCUCCGGAUCAACGAUGGAAGCGAGUCGGGUCAAGUUCGCAUGACAGCAACACAAUUUAUCAUUCACAACGGCUUCCUGGAAGAUACGGAGAACUAUGAUGUCGCAUUGGUUAUCCUUCCGAUCCCUGUAACACUGAGCGUAACGAUCAUGCCAGUACGUCUGCCGAACCGUCGUCAAGUGGAAGCCACCUUUGUCGGACAGCAGGCAACAUUCAUGGGUUGGGGCAGAUUUGGCGACGGUACGACCAAUUCCGAUGUCUUGCGCUUCGGAAGAUCCCAGGUUAUCAGUAACUUGGCUUGCACUGUUAGCUUGAUAACGAACACCAUCCUGAGUGAACACAUCUGUACGGAAGGAUUCGACCUGUCCGCUGGACGCGGUUCGCCCUGCCAGGGUGAUAGCGGAGCUCCCUUGACGAUAGUCGAUGCCGAUGGAAUAACUACUCUAAUCGGUGUCUUCUCGUUCCAUUCCAUUUUGGGCUGCGAUAGCGGACGGGCCACCGUUUUCACUCGCAUGUCUGCAUAUCUGGACUGGAUUGCAAACAAUUCCGAUGUUACCAUUCGGGAUGACUUCUAAUGGUUGUGUUUACGUAGUGACUCAAAUAAUAAACGAUCGGAACAAAACAAUUGUGCUGUGCUGAAGAGAGAUAGUGUUUCGUUAUAAUAAAUAAUAUAACAAAACCAAUAUCCCGUUGAUCUUAUAAUAAAUUUUCAACGUAUCAA